AUGCGCCAGCGACAGUUUGGGGGCCCGAAGUUGCCCAAGGAGCUCCGAGAUCAGUUUGGAGAUCCCGCGCAUCGAGUCAAGGCUGUGCGAGGAGGCGCCGGGCCACUCAACCGCAAACAACGUCGAAAGGCGGACCGGGUGGAGAAGAAGGCACAGAAGAAGCAUAGCCAAGGUCGGAAGGCCGCAUUUUCUACUCGAAAUGAGCCAGAUCUAGAAGAUGAGGAGGAGGGGUUCAGCAAGGAGGAACCUCUCCCAACUAAACCAGUCCCGGUCAAAAGAGAUGCUCAGAAACCGCUGAAAGGCAUCCUGAAAAUGUCCCUCCCAGAACCAGAAUCACCACCGGAACAACGAACAUCCCCAUAUCCGCCUCCUCGCAUUUCCCGGGGAGUGAGAGACAGACUGGCGCAAGAUGAUGCUGAUAUCGCAGCGCUCGAGAAGAGAUUGGGAUUCAAGGGCAAGAAGUCAAAAGCUCGUAAUGAUGACGGAUUGGAUGAUCUAUUUGCGGAUUUAGGUGCAUUGGACAGCGACGAGGAUAAUCCUGGCGGUCAUGCCCCAAAGCGCAAGCGGCCGGAAGACGAGGAUUGGCUUGCGAGCAAGAGACGGAAAGCUUUGGGAGAAUCAGCUUUGAGUUCGAGUGACCUCGAUUCUGACCUCGAGGACUCGAUGGAGCUAGGAUCAGACGAAGACGAGGACCUAAGCGAGAGCUUGAAGGACUCUUCCGAUGAAGACUAUGAGGCCCCCGAGCCGCGUGUGAGGGAAAACCCAUACAUAGCCCCGGCCACAUCAACUACCCCGCAGGUAGCUAAGUAUAUACCACCUUCGCUGAGAGCGCCUUCAUCAUCGGAUGCUGAAGCGCUUAUGAGACUUCGGAGGCAGAUUCAAGGGCUUCUCAAUAGGCUUUCGGAAGCGAACAUGUUGACAAUUCUCCGGGAAGUUGAACAAGUCUACCAGAAUAAUGCUCGGGGUUAUGUGAACACAACAUUUGUGGAUCUGCUCAUUGGAAUCGUUUCUUCUGACACCUCCCUCCCGGACACUUUCUUGAUUCUCCAUGCGGGAUUCAUCGCUGCGAUCUACAAAGUCAUCGGAACCGAUUUCGGAGCCCAGAUGGUUGAACGCAUCGUUACGGAUUUCGACACGCAUUACCAGGCAAACAAAAUGGGAACGGGAAAGCAAGGAGCCAAUCUCAUAUCUUUACUUGCGGAGCUCUAUAGCUUCCAGAUUGUCGGAAGCAAUCUGGUGUUCGAUUACAUCAAGCUCUUUCUGAAUGAACUCUCUGAUAUUAACACUGAGUUGCUCCUGAGGAUCAUCAAAGUUUCCGGCUCCCAGCUGCGGCAGGAUGACCCCACAUCGCUCAAGGACAUUGUGCUACUACUUCAGAAGUCAGUCAGCGAGGUUGGAGAAGACACCCUACCUGUACGGACCAGGUUCAUGAUUGAGACUAUCAAUAGUCUCAAGAACAAUAGGAUGAAGACUGGGUUGACCGCGUCAACCAUAGUAUCUGAACAUACGACCAGGAUGAAGAAACAGCUUGGCUCCCUGAAUACCCGCAAUCUAAAAGGGACAGAGCCCUUACGGAUUGGUCUGGCGGAUGUCAGAGAUGCUGAAAAGAAAGGUAAAUGGUGGCUUAUUGGGGCGAGUUGGCGAAAUGAUACUGUAGAUGGUGUUCCGCCACAGGAGAAAACGAGCAGCGGGCAGAACCCACCGGCUUCUGAUGACCUCGAUGACGAGGGCGAGGUUGACUUGCUUCAAUUAGCCCGAGAGCAGCGCAUGAACACAGACAUUCGUCGAGCGAUUUUUAUCACUAUCAUGUCGGCUACAGAUUUCAAAGAUGCUCACCUGCGUCUCAUGAAGCUGAAUCUGAAGAAGUCUCAAGAGGUUGAGAUUCCCCGGGUCAUCGUACAUUGCGCAGGUUGCGAGAAGGGCUACAACCCGUACUACACCCUUAUCGCUCGAAAGUAUUGCUCGGAGCACAAACUUAAAAAAUGUUUCCAAUUCGCACUAUGGGAUGUUUUCAAGAGUUUGGGUGAGAAGAAGGAGGAGGAGGAGGCUGACGAUGAUGGAUGUUCUGACGGUGAGAACGAUAGCAUCAGCAAUGAUGUCUCCUUGAGAAGGCUGGUCAACCUGGGAAAAUUUUACGGGGCCCUCAUUGCCAGUGGCGGACUCCCUAUAAGCAGUCUCAAAACACUCAACUUCCCAUACCUACAAUCAAAAACGAGAACACUGCUCGAGAUCAUACUUGUCACAGUAAUCCUCCAGUCUCAGAAAGGAGCAAAGGAAGGCAGGGACGAAAAGGGACUGCUGGAGAUCUUUAUUAAAGCUGACGGUGAACCAGAGAUGGUCACAGGCUUGCAAUACUUCCUCAAAAAGGUAGUCAGCAAGACAGACAUUGCGGCGAACAAAGGCGAGAAGGAGACUAUCAGGUCCAAGCUAUUACCUCCAGAGCCGCGGGUUGACAAGUGGAAGAGUGAAUUGAUCUCUCUUCCUGUUGCGCCAUGUUCCGGUCCAUUGUGCCGCGCCGCGCACCAAAGGCACUGCUGCGGCCAGCCGGAGGAGCUCACAGCACCUUCCGCGCUUCAAACAUCUACUUCCAGGAAAGGGUACGACGAGGAUACGCCUCGGAAGCUGGUUAGUCACAUUAAUCCCCGGGUUUCCCGAUGGUCAGAUGUUAAUUGCGGGGCAGAAGAGAAUGACUUGGUCAUCAUCGGCGGAGGCGUUGCGGGAUAUGUCGCAGCUAUCAAAGCCGGACAAGCUGGUCUCAAGGUCGCCUGCAUCGAGAAGCGCGGCAGUCUCGGAGGAACAUGUUUGAAUGUUGGCUGUAUCCCCUCUAAGUCCCUCCUCAACAAUUCGCACCUGUACCACCAGAUUCUCCACGACACCAAGAAUCGUGGUAUCGAAGUCGGCGAUGUUGCGCUCAACCUUGGGGCCAUGAUGAAGGCUAAGGAGACGUCCGUGUCUGGAUUGACCAAAGGCAUCGAGUUCUUAUUCAAGAAGAACAACGUCGAAUACAUCAAGGGCACCGGUGCUUUCCAAGACGAGCACACGGUUGCAGUCAACCUCAUCGAUGGCGGAGAAACUUCUGUGAAGGGCAAAAACAUCUUCAUUGCUACCGGCUCUGAGGCUACACCAUUCCCGGGCUUGACUAUUGACGAGAAGAAGGUUAUUACAAGUACCGGUGCUAUUGCGCUGCAAGAGGUGCCAAAGAAGAUGGUUGUCAUCGGAGGUGGCAUUAUCGGACUCGAAAUGGGCUCCGUAUGGUCUAGGUUGGGCGCCGAAGUUACCGUUGUCGAGUUCUUAGGCCAGAUCGGUGGACCAGGCAUGGACGCCGAAAUCGCAAAGAUGACACAGAAAAUGCUCACGAAGCAGGGUAUGAAGUUCAAGUUGAAUACCAAGGUUAUGGGUGGUGAUGAUUCUGGUGAGGGGGUCAAGAUCAACACAGAGGCUGCAAAAGGAGGUAAGGAAGAAGCUCUUGACGCAGAUGUCGUCCUCGUCGCUAUCGGCCGCCGACCCUACACCGCCGGGCUGGGCCUGGAGAACAUUGGUAUUGAGACCGACGAGAAGGGACGCCUUGUCAUCGAUCAAGAAUACCGUACGAAAAUUCCACAUAUCCGAGUCAUUGGAGAUGUUACCUUUGGUCCUAUGUUGGCGCACAAAGCUGAAGAAGAGGGUGUCGCAGCCGUUGAAUAUCUCACCAAAGGAUACGGCCACGUUAACUACGGCGCCAUUCCAUCAGUCAUGUACACGCACCCUGAGGUUGCCUGGGUUGGACAGAACGAGCAGGAGCUCAAGGCCGCUGGCGUUAAAUACAAAGUGGGAACUUUCCCCUUCUCCGCCAACUCGAGAGCCAAGACGAAUCUGGACAGUGAAGGUAUGGUCAAGUUCAUCUCGGAUGCUGAGACCGACCGGAUAUUGGGCGUUCACAUCGUUGGCCCCAAUGCUGGCGAGAUGAUUGCUGAAGGUACCCUCGCUCUUGAAUAUGGUGCCAGCUCAGAAGAUGUUGCGCGAACAUCACACGCUCACCCGACGCUAUCCGAAGCUUUCAAAGAGGCCGCGAUGGCAACGUAUGACAAGGCCAUCCACUACUAG